GUAAAUAAGAGACUCGCGUUAUUUUGACUUUGUUUGCGCUCUUUGCCGAACGACAUAAGCAUUGAUUCGACGAAAACCUACUGUUUUGACUUGGGUUUAUUGAAAAUUAUUUUCUCAAGGGAAAACUCGAGAAUUAAGAAACAAAUAAAACUUCGUUAAAAUGUCGAUCUCUAUUAAACGAGAAGAGUUUCGCCAAUAUCUGGAGAGGGCUGGUGUCAUGGAUGCUCUCACAAAAAUUCUUGUAUCGCUUUAUGAAGAAUCAGAAAAACCAGCCGAUGCUUUGGAUUACAUACACAAACGUCUUGGAAAUAUUGUAGAAAGUCCUUCGGAAAUUGAAAGCCUGAAGAAAGAACUGGAGGAGUCAAAAGCCAAAGUAUCAGAAUUAAAAUUAAAAUUGUCAAAAUAUGAGCAGAAAGAAGGAGUGACGACAGAGUAACUUUAAUGGAUAAUUUUAUAAUUCUUUAUGUACUCAACAAAUUUAUGCUAGUCUUUUGUUUUUGGACAGUGGCUGUAAAAAGUCAGCAUACCUCAGCAUCUCUCAGAUGUGCCUUACUAUUAAAUGCAAACAUGUAAAUUUGUAAUAGAAUAUAAGACAAAUUACGAAAUCUGUGUAAACAUUCCGCUACAUGUUCAUUAGUAUCAUCACUCUGUCAUAAAAUAUACAUUUAGCUAUUAUAAUUUUCAUGCAGUUUCUUUUCGGAGGACAAGAAUUCGCCAUUUAAAACAUUCAAACAUGUACUUAACAAAGUGACGUUUGUACAGAUCUCAAAAGCUCAAAUAAAUAUUUCUUCUACGUUUA